UUCGUCCCAAGUACCGAUAUUUGCGGAGGAUUAUGGUACGCCCUUUGAAGGAUCUCAUUGAGUUUCCAAGGUUCUUCAGCUAUUCCCUUGACGGUCGAAUAAUGCCAAGGCACAAGAUUCUGGUGGAGAAUCGGAUAAAUUUUAAACUGCGCUACAUGUUACCGGGCACCAAUGAAGAAUUUGAUCGGAGGGUUCGUGCUGCAGUGGAGAGGCGCCAGAGAUUUGAAUCCGGUGUCGCAGAUAACUACCCAUCUGAUUGUCAAACUGAUGGCUCCAUAGAGAGGACUUUGGUUGAUUUUUCUGUAAAUGAUUAUUCUUCUUCUGAUAAUCAAACAGCUGAGUGCUCAGUGGGAAGUGAGCAGUUGAGUGCAUCAGAAAACAAGAUUUCUCAAAGAUUGUUGAUUUCAGAUUAAUAAUAAUAAAAUAAAUAAUUUAUAUGA